ACAUUGUACUUAAAUAUAAUACAUAUCAAGGGUUAAUUAACUUUGUAUAUCCAAAUCUGCAUGCACAAGCUCAAGAUGUGACAUAUUUAAUUGAGAGAGGAAUUCUUGCUUCACAAAAUAAUGAGGUUGACAUGUUAAAUGCAGAAGUGCUUGCUCAAUUUCCUGGAGAAGAGAUAACUUACUAUAGUAAAAAUACCUUAGAUCAGAACUCCAAAACAUAUAAUCCUGCUUAG